AUAGUAAGGAAAACGAAAAUUUAAAAUAAAAAAAUAAAGUUGUGUGAAUUGUAUUGUCGCUGCUGGUUAUUAGCGGCGUACUAAACUACUUGCAUGACUCACUCGACACAUGCAGCAGCAGCAGCAAGAGGGAAUCAACUGUCAAGAGCAUUCAUUUGCAUGGACUAGAUAAUAUUGUGGAAACUAGGACCACUUAAAUCUUAAUUGAACGACGACUGAUUUAAAAAUAAGUCUCUUUUUUCGGGCCGAAGAUAAUUAUUUACUUUUUGAAAGUAUAAACAAGGAAUACAUACACACAUAUAAAUAUGACUAGUUUUACCGGUAUCAAGGGUUGGUUUAAGAAAAAGGAACCUAUUUCGGAAAUAGGCAAUCCUACCAACUUCCAGCGACAUUUUCAUGUCUCUCGCAAUGAAGAGACUGGUGUGCUGGAGGGUCUGCCUGCACCCUGGCUACGCUUAAUGAAUUACCAGAUAUCUAAAGAUGAACAAAGUAAAAACCCGGAUGCUGCUUACCAUGCGGUAAAGUUUUAUAACUAUUCCAUAAAAAAGAAAGAAAACGAAGCUAUUUUCAAGCCAUUCAUUACCGAAGAAGCCAUCCAUGAAGAAUCGAAAGAAAUUGACAACUAUGUACACUACAAAAAUAAACACAAGUCUCAGGAUAUGGACAGCGCUGAAGAUGAGCGUUCCAGCGAGGGAAGUGGCACGACCAGCGGUAGCAGCACUUGUGGCAGUAGUAGCAAUAACAGUUUCAAUGACCAGCAACACGCCUCAGUUGGUUUACAGGGACUCAAUGACGUUAUAAAAGAGUUACAAUCUACAUUGGAGAACCAAAGGGAGACACUUAAGCCACAACUGGAUAUAACGGGUGAAUUACCACCACCAUUGCCUGCCAAAAAAACCCAAACAUUACCGCCCAAACCUCAGAUUAAAGCCAAGCCAAAGGGCCUUCCUCCCAGUUUGUCUAAGGGACGAAAUGAUUUAACUACAAUUUCAACUAACGAAGGUAACCACCACACUAUUAACACAGAUACCAUAAUCAUUAAACCGGCACCCGACAAUGCCGGCGAUGGCGAAGGUGAUGAGACCAUUUUAAGGCGUUCCAAAGACAAACGUGUCCAAAAAACCGACGCUGAGAUCUACAUAGAGCUGAGAGCUAUUUGCAAUGUAGAUGAUCCACGAGAACGUUACAAGACCACCAUGGAAGUGGGCAAGGGAGCUUCUGGCAUUGUAUUUAUAGCAGCUGAUAAUCAAAAUGAAACUCAGGUGGCUGUAAAAACUAUUGACUUGAAAAAUCAGUCUUCCAAAGAUCUUAUUCUUACCGAAAUAAGAGUUCUUAAAGAUUUCAAUCACAAAAAUUUAGUAAAUUUCCUGGAUGCUUACUUCUUGGAGCUAGAGGAUCAACUAUGGGUAAUCAUGGAGUACAUGGACGGCGGCCCUCUAACAGAUGUAGUAACAGAGACUGUAAUGAAAGAACGACAAAUAGCCUGCGUUUGUCGCGAGGUCCUCUAUGCUAUAUCAUUUUUACACUCCAAAGGUAUAAUCCAUCGUGACAUCAAGUCCGACAAUGUACUUUUAGGCAUGGAUGGAUCGGUGAAGGUAACAGAUUUCGGUUUCUGUGCCAACAUCGAGGGUGACGAAAAACGUCAGACUAUGGUGGGUACACCUUACUGGAUGGCGCCUGAGGUUGUGACCCGCAAGAAAUAUGGCAAAAAAGUAGACAUCUGGUCAAUAGGGAUUAUGGCCAUUGAAAUGAUAGAAGGUCAACCUCCCUACCUACACGAAACACCUUUGAGAGCCCUUUAUCUUAUAGCCGCCAAUGGCAGACCCGACGUCAAGAGCUGGGAAAAAUUAAGUCCCAAUCUACAGGACUUCCUCGAUUGCUGUCUUCAAGUUGAGGUCGACAAACGUGCAACGGCCGAUGAAUUACUAAAACAUCCUUUCCUAGACGAUUGCAGCGAGCUUAAGGCCUUAGUACCCAACAUUAAGGCUGCCAAGAAAGUGCUUAGGAAAGGCACAUAGAACAGGGUUUGUGUAGGUAUCUAUGUACGUGCCUAGUAGUAAAAAUCCAUUCUAGCAACAUAAACACAGACAAAACAAUAAAACAAAAAACCCUAAAACAUCUAAAGCGCCAGUUCACUCAGCCACAUGUGUGAUUCCAUUGUAAAUAGUAAAAACUUAUUUAGCCGUAUAUCUAUUAGUAUUCUUUAAAUAAAGUACGUACGUUCUCGCACAUAUGUAUGGUUUGGUUUGUACGUUUAAUAGAUCAUAUGGCAGACAUACAAUUUGUCAAAGAAAAAACAAAACAAAAACAAUAAACUAAAUGCAUGAAUUAAUGUACGUAUGCCGCAAAAUGCUCUUUUUUUUCAAUGUAAAAAUCACGUUUUUACAUAAAAUUACGUAAAAAAGUUAACUAACACUUUGAGGGAGCAGUAGUUAGAGUAGCACACAAACAACGACGACACCAUCAUUACAAUUAUCAAAAAUAACCAAUUACAUUUUGCUGUGAAGUCGCUGGGCGAUUAUAAAUUUAUCUACUACUACAUACAUACUACAACUUUUUAAAAAUAGACUUAACAUGGUUAUGAAAUAAUGGAACAAUGAUACCAAUUAUAUGCUGACUACACUACCAUCCUAUUUGUAAUUGUAACGAAAAUAAAAUAAACGAAAGUAAACUCCAUAACUGUUUCACCGAAAGACGAUCUACUGUAUAAUCCCAACCAAUAACCAACACCCACGCUUCGUAAACAAUUAAAUUGCAAAAAUAUUCACAUUAAAUAUUACAACAAUACAAUAUUAAAAAAAGAAAAACUUACUAAACUUAAACGAAUUAGUUUUGCAGCAAAAUAUUUAAACUUAAAUUUCAUAUAGUAUCCAUAACAAAUAACUGUAGAUCUUCUGUCCCUUUGACUUUUAUUUUUAUUCUGUAGUAAAAUAAAUAAAUUAAACGUACAUUACUAUACAAUACAAUAUACUUACUACAUAUACAUAUAUUAAAUCCAUACAUAUAUUAUUAAGGAUACUUAUAAUAUGUAUUAAUGUGCUAUUUUACAUGAAACAAACAAAAAAAUAACAAAUAAUCUUUACAAAACAAAAAGAAAAAAAAACUAUAAUAUUUUUUAUUAUAAUUAUAUUAUAUUAGUAACAAGAAAAAAUAUUGCCAAAAUUUUAUUUAAAUUUUAAUGUAAUUGUAUGUGUUGUAUGUAUAUUUUAAAAUAUACUGCUAAUCUAAUAUAAUACAUAAUAACGACAUAACGACAUAAAAGAGAAAAAGAACAAUUUAAAUAAUGAGCAAAAUAUGUAGUUUAAAAAAAUACGUAUUUAUUAAGAAUUAAAUAAAAUAUUAAUUUUUUCUUUUUAUUAUUAUUAUUAAAAAUAAAAAUGUGAUUUAAGCGAUUUUAAACCAAGUUUUUGCAAUUUUUUUUCUGUAGUAUUUAGUAACAGUUUGUUUUAUUUUCACAAUUAACAUUAUAUUUUGAUGCAAUCUUUCUAUAAUUAAAAUUUACCAAAAAUUAAAAAAAAAUAUUAAACAUAUAUAGUAAUAUAAAAGUGCCAUUAGGUCUUUAGAUUCUUAAAAAUAACAUACAUAAAUUAAAUAUUUAUAAAACAAAGAUUAUCUACAUCACAAACUUUUAAAAUAAAUAAUGUAAAUUUUAUAUUGCGGAAAAUACUUGCUACAUAAGACUAUUGAAUUUAAAACAAAAUUGUAAUAAUAACAGAAAUAUUAACAAAUUCACAAUACAGUCAAUAUCAAAUAUUAGUUAGGCAAAUAAAAAUAUUGAGUGCAUAUAAAGCAAAGCUUCGAAUGAAUUAAUUUAAUUUGAGCUUAAUUCACUAAAAUAUUAGUUCGGAAUUAAAAAAUGUCAGCCAUUUAUUCCAUAAAACCAUUUCCAACGUUUGGCUUCAUUCAAAGGCUUUUAUUUAAAAUGAAUUAAUUCAAUUUAAAAUGAAUUAAUUCAUAAAUUCAUAACAGAAUUCAUUUAACUUUUAAAUGGUUCAAUUUGUAUAUAUGUAUACAAAUUGAAGUAAAAUAUUUUUUCUUCAUUCUGUUUUGUUUUAUUUACAAAAUGUAUUAAAAAAAUGUGUCCAGGGCUUUUUGUAAUGGAUUUGAAUUCAAAAAAAUUUUAAUGAUUCAAUAUAGAAUUAAUUCAAUAAAGAAUGGAUUCUCAAAGGAAUUAAUUCACAAUGGAUUCAGCCAUACAAUUUGGGAGAGAGUAAAUAUUUUUACACUCAGUGUCGCCUCUAGUUCUAUCCUAUGUAUUAAAGUUUCAAACAUUUUCCCAGUAUUCUCUUCAUAGAAAUUUUUAUGGUUCAAAACUCUCCGUUUUAUAAAAUGAGGUCCUUAUCAGAUACAUAUAUACACUUUCAAGAAUUCUGCUAAAUCAGCGAUUGUUCAUUUGUUUGUGAAAAUUUCUUCAGAGAAGUUAAAACCAGCACAUAACUUAUGGAACUUUAUGUGGCACAGUACUGUCACACACUUUUUCUAGAUUAUCACUGUUGAAAAUUGGUAUAAACAUGAGAUUUUGACAAACAAUUAAUUUAACUUGCAUUAAUGCAAGGUUAAAACGUUAUACUUUGGUUAAAACAUUAUUGAUUUUAUCUGAUUAACUGCUAUUACAAUAAUUCUAUAUAAACAAGUAUUUUCCCAAUUAAAAUUUUUAUAAUUUUUAUUUCGAACCAAUAGAUUGAGAUUUAAAUUAGGCAAAAUUAAAUGAUUUAUUUCGAUUAUUUUCCUAUAGUAAAAUAAUAUUUAUUUUGCAAAUAACAAACUACUAAAUAAUUGUAAUAUUUUUUUUACUAAAUUGAGUUUUUAAAUAUAAUUUAUAUGAAACAUAAAACUCAAUGGCACGCUGAUCUACAUAUAUACGCUAAUUAAUGUAGAAUUAAAACAGAAAUAAUACAAAUAAACAAACAAUAUAUGAUGGUCAACCCGAAAACCUUUUUAAACAUAAUUUUUUACUUGUUUAAUUUGUCACUUUCGUGAAAAUAAUUUUUAAAAUAAUAAGCUUCAUUUAAUUUUAUAAAUGAAACAUUUUAAACAACGAUUCUAACGAACAUAAAACAAUAGAUUCGAAAUUAAAUUUACCGGUGAGUUAAAGCAAGUUUACAAAAGUUUUCGUGUUGAGAUUGUGUUAAAAUGAAACUUUAUUUUCAAAAAUCCAUUUGGUAUUAGUUAAAACAAUUAUAAUGCAAUCUUAUUAUAAGAAAUAUCAAGUGAAAAGUAGACUGUAUAUUUUAUUCUCUUAUUCAAUACAUAUGAUAAAAGCUGUAAAUUAUUACAAAUGAAACAUUUAAAAAAAAUAUACAUACAUAUAUAUUAUUAUUAAAUUAAAUAAAAAAUGCUUAAUCAAUUACAUACAAAAAAAAAUGGUAGCAAACUUUUGCGCACAAAUUUGUCUUUAAAACCUAAAUAAAAUGCCAAGUUUUUUUUACGAAAUAUGUAUACCCUAACUAGUUAAAAUAUUAAAAUGAAAAGAAAAAAGUUUAAAUACUUUCAAAUAAUUUUUAGAAUUUAAAACAAAUUUUUAAGUGCCCUGUAAAAAAAAUAAUUUAAAUAAUACAAAAUUUUUGCAUUUUUGGCUUUAUUCAAUAAAUGUAGUUAUUCGAGAACAUUUACAACAAGUAAUAAUACUUUUUUUUUAAAUAAAUAUAUGUAAUAUAUAGUAAAAUUAAAUUAACAAAACAUUUUUUUACAUAAAAACAAAGAAAACCAUUAUAAUAAAAACAAAAAUGUUUUUGCCCUGUAUUAGCAACGAAAUAAAUUUCUAAAAUACACAGUAUUGUUACUGAUAUUCUUAAUAAAAACAAUUAUAAAAAUAAAUAACCGUACCCUCAAAUUUUAUUCAAAUUGAUUGAUUAAUUAGAUAUAAAACGUUUUAAAAUAACCACCUGUAUUAAAAACAAACAAUUAUAAACUCCAUUUUUAUACAUAAAUUACAAUUUUUAAUGGUCAUAUCUUUGAAUGUAGAAAAUAAAUAUUAACAACAAAAAAAAAACUUAAAAGCCUGUUACAUGAAAACUGUCUGUAUUACAAAAUAUAUUCCGUUUAUAUUUUACUUAUGUAUAGUAUAAUCUUAAUGAAAUAAAAAAAAUUUGAUAAAUAAUAAAACAGUUUAUAGUUUUUUUUUAUAUAUACAUAAUUAUUUUUUUACAUAGCCAUACAUACUUAUAUGUGUGUAUUUUAUAUUUAUAUAAAAACUGUAUAUUUUUAUUUAAUUUUAUUAAACAUUUUAUUUUUUUAAUACACAAUCAAUUAUGCAUUAUUUUAUCUUUAAAUUUAUAAGUUAUAAGCACAUUUUUUUGUUAAAUAUAUUCGUUAUUUUUAAAUUAAAA